AUGUCGAUACCACCUGACAAAGCUGAGCUUGCCGAGCUGCUUGCUCCAUCCGUCGAGUCCAUCAUUGCCAAGGCUCGGCACGAGGACUUUCCAUGGAGUCGCGGUAUGCUCACCACCCACCUCUCCUUGGAUCCUACCACUCUGGGAGUUCUCUGUCGAGUCAACCUCCCGAAAAUCCUUGUUCGGAGAGAUUACUACUGUGAUGUUUUCGAGGACUACGGUCUUGAACGCACAAUCGAGUUCACCUGUCGACCAAACAGCCCUACGAAUCCCGACCAAUCUCCAGGUAGACUAUGUGUGACGAUUAGGCAGUGCAACAGCUACUUGAAUGCCGUUAAGUCAAUGAGGGACGCUCUUUGGGCAAAGGGCCGCAAGGGUUGGACUGAAUAUGGGUCUGCGAGAUAUAGACUUGGGAAUUACAGCCUGGAGAAUCAAAAAGGAACGGGAUUCAUUUGGGUGCGGUUGACCACCGUAGUCGAGUUACUGUACACCAACCACACAGGCCACACGGGUCUGGUCAUAGACGUUAGACGGCUUGCGACGGCACUCGACCAAGCGAUGAAAGACCACGAAGGGCCUAUAUCGACUGUUCCAAAGGGAUAUAUUAGGAGUGCGACCAUCCCGCCCGGCUUCACUCUCGACAAGCUGGAGCUACUGAGGUUUGAGUUUUGCCCAAGCACCGAUUACCACAGGGAGUUCGUGUUGUACCAAGAAGAGAAGGCCUUCGAGGUGAUUAAAGCAGCCAACUACGGUCCGGUUGAGGGUAGAACGGCUGAAGGUGUCGUUGAGAACGAGCUUGAGGUGGUCUGUCGGAAGGUGAAAGCGAAAGCGCAGCUGGUCAUUCGAAUUGCUCAUAAGACUUCGAUGUGGCCUGCGGAGAAGGUGUUUGAUCUGCAAUGUUACAGUCGCUUUGAUAGAUCCGACACCGACGAAGGCUCGGAUUGCCUUACGAGCUUAGAAAGCUUGGAGAGGUUAGAAAGCAUUCUGAAAGAUGAGCCAGCUAGUUCAUGA